AGGGCUCGGACGCCGCGGCUGCGGCGGGGAUCCUCUGACGGCGCCUCUGCGCUCCGUGGAACCCGCCGCGAGGGGGACUCCCGUUUGCCUCGCCAGGCGCUGGGCACGAGGCGCGAUGGGCUGUUCCAGCAGCGCCCAGACCCAGACCCAGGACAGCAGCCGGCCGGCUGCAAAACCCAGCGACACCAACGGGCUGCAGAAAUGUGCUACUUCAGAUGAAAACUUUCCAACCACAGAGGAAAAUGAAACUAUUCCUGACCAGACAAAGUUAGACCCAAUGGAGGAGGUGGAUCUCACACCUGGGGAAACAAAACCUAGUGAGAAUCUUCCAGCAGAGGAGCCAGAAGUUUUGAUUCCAGCACCAGCAGAAUGUGUUAAUUCUAACUAUAAAAGAGUGGAUCUGGAGGGCACUCAACCGCCGCCUGCGGGACCGGCAGAGGGCACUGGGAUACCGCCGCCUGCCGGACCGACAGAGGGCCCUGGGAUACCGCUGCCUGCAGGACCGACAGAGGGCACUGGGAUACUGCCGCCUGCCAGACCGGCAGAGGGCCCUGGGAUACCGCCGCCUGCCGGACCGACAGAGGGCCCUGGGAUACCGCCGCCUGCCGGACCGACAGAGGGCCCUGGGAUACCGCCGCCUGCCGGACCGACAGAGGGCCCUGGGAUACCGCCGCCUGCCGGACCGACAGAGGGCCCUGGGAUACCGCCGCCUGCAGGACCGACAGAGGGCACUGGGAUACCGCCGCCUGCCGGACCGACAGAGGGCCCUGGGAUACCGCCGCCUGCAGGACCGGCAGAGGGCACUGGGAUACUGCCGCCUGCCAGACCGGCAGAGGGCACUGGGAUACCGCCGCCUGCCGGACCGGCAGAGGGAAGUGUCAGCCCUGUAACAGAAAUCGUCAGGAAAGUACAAAGUAACGAAGAGGACCAACUCAUUGAGGGUGAGACGGGAGAAAAAGUGGAAACUGAGAAGCACAGUGAGCUAGUAAGUGAGGGGACUGAAACAAAAGAAGAAGAAGAAACAGGAGAAGCUGUGGAUGCUUCAGCAGCAACAGAGAUAGAGGCAAUGAAUAACGAGGAAUGAGAGUCAGGUCUAUAUGGACUUCCUCUUCUUGGUCCUAUCAGCUGUUCAAAUGAACAUUCUUUAAUCUAAUGGCUUUUGGGGGGAAAACUAUCAGGAUUUAAAAAAAGCUUUUAUGGACUUCGCUACAAGCAUUAACAAAGGGCACCAAAAAAAAAAAAAAAAUUAAGUAUUUUUCCUGAAGUCAAGUUGCCAAGACUUCAACAAGUAAUUGAAAUGUAUGAACUUUUUACUUAUCUGCCAUAGAGUGCCUUCUAUACACUGCUAAUAGAUUGGAAAGAAUUGUCAUAUAAAACAGUCUAUCUGCUCAAUCUUCAUUUAAGAGUUUUCCAGGUUAAAAUGAGUAACUUAAAAUCAAUCUGAGGAGCACUGUUAUAAUUGGUAUCAACUAGCAUUAUACAGGAUGCAAAAGAUACAGUACAGGCGAGUCUCAUCUUACGCUGGAGUUACGUUCCGCUGUCAGUGCGUAAAGCGAAAAUCACGUAUAGUCAAAAUUACAUUGAGUGUAAUGGCAGGCAGAAUCACCUGCACUACAGGUACAGUAUUCAAAUUGUUAUUUUUCUCUUUUUUUGUUUUUGUUUUUUGCCGACCGCGCAAAGCUGAAUUCGCGCAUGUUAAAUGUGCGUAAGAUGAGACUCGCCUGUACUGCAUGUUUUUUCAAUGUUAGUGCUAGAUUGAGAUCAGAAACAUAGGUCCAGUCCUGAUCCCAAACCUUACACAGGUGAGUAGUUUCAAUGAGUGCAUGGACUACUCAUAUUUAUCAAGUUGCUCAAGUGCGUAGAUAUAUACAGGAUUAGGACCUGAGAGCACCCAUUUAACAGGACCUGGCUAGAUGCAACAAUCAAUUUUUCAAGAAGAUAAAGAAUACAUAGCAUGUGACACCGUCUGAUAACAAAUGUCUUUUGGUGACUUUAAAAAAAAAGUUACUGAUAGGAUAGCAGUAGCACAUAUACUUGGUAACUAUUGCAGUGGAAGAAUUAUUGCAGUGGAAGAAAGCAUUUAAAAUAUUUUAUAUUUUAUUAUAGAUUUUAUGCUCAUAGUAUCAGUCCUGGCACACCUAAGGAAGUACAAAAAGAAACUUUGCAAUUUCUAAAACUCAGAUGGAUACAAAUUAUUAAUAAAAUUACAUUUAGACACUGUAUAGUUUCUAAAAUAAUGAUAAAAUAAAAUAAUUAUAAACAUUCUAGCCACAUUUUCCUGAUAGUGUUAUCUUAAAAAAAAAAAUUAUACUGUGUGGAUUCGUACUUGGUUUACAACAUGCUAAAUACUGCUCCUGAAGCUGAAGUUGAACAAUGAAGCCUUUCAACAUAAACUUCCUGUGGAAACAAGCCUUGAAACAGCUGAUUUCAUGGAUGUGAUAGAGGAUAUAUCUGUCCUGAUACUGAACAGGAAGAAAGACACUACUGAUUAUCGCUGGGACUGUGUUGGCAAAACUCUUUGGCAUAAGAAAUCAGAGGACUGCAGUCGGGGAGGAAAGAUGAGGUUUUUCAGAAUGGGUGAGCACUUAUUGGCUCCAUUUAGGAGGUCUUCACAUAAGUGUUAAAGAUAAACACAAUUUAUAAACUACUUAGAGACAAAGUCUGCAUUGUGUGUGCACAUCUGACUCCAGCUGGCUUUGGUUUGUGUUAAAUAUUUAGAUUUAUAUCCAUUGCCUUUUAAUUUUUCACUUCAGCUAAUAUUGGUCAUGUUUGCUGUGUUAUUUCUUACAGUCUUCUAUUUCUUAAUGUCCUGUUCAGACUAUUGAAAUUAACUAUGUUUUGAUUAAGAUAGGAAACACCACCAAUUUUAGGUUGGAAAUACCCAUUUUCCUUAUCUGCAGCCUACAUGUUGUAUCAAGUCACAGUUGUUUUAUGGGGUUCUAUGUUCUUUGCAAUUCCAUAGAUGAAACAAAUGUAAUCAGUUAAAUUUUCUACUGAAUAUGCUGCUGUUUUAAAAAUACUGCAGCUUUUACAAAACUCAGCUAAAAUGCAUGUCUUUUUUUUUUUUUUUUAAUUUCUGUGGUUCGAUGUUGCUGGAGCCUUUUUACUAGUUCUCUAAUAUUGGACUAAAAUCAAAUCAAAGCAACUGCCCCUCGUUACUUUUUUCUGAUACACAAUUCCAAUAUUGGCACAGAAAUAUGAAACAUUUUAAAGGAUUUAAAUAUACUAAUAGUAAUUAAUAGUAGGCAUUCCAGUCAGCAAGACCAGAAAUGGUAGCAGCAGCAGCUUCGUUAGCUUUUUAAAUGUAACUUUAUAAAUAAUUAAGAUAACCUAUAGACUGCACAAUCUCAUUACCAUGGCACUAACUGCAUACCAGUGGCCUCUUCAAAGAAACAAGUGAAAACAUCCAUAUACGUCACACCACACAACUUUUUUGAAAUCAUUUAACAAUUUUUAAUUGGAAGAAAAAGGACUGUGAGUCUGCCAAUGUCUCAGCAAUACUUGCCUUCCUCAAACACAGUCACUUCCUUGUGUACUUCAUGAUUACAGUUAGCAUAGAUGUUACUUCAUCCCAUCCAUUCUAAAAGCAGAAGAGCUUUUCUGAUUGUAUGUGGAAAACAAUAAACUGCCACAAAAACUAUUUUUACUGUCCAAAUUACUCUAUCGCUACCUCCAGAAAUAAGACAAGCACUAACAUUCUAGUGCUAGUAAUGCCAAUGUUCUGUAAGAUAACAAUGUAUACACUGUUACCUUACAAGCAUCUAUGCACAGCUAAGGCCCAGAGGGCCAAAUUAUGUCCUGACAUACACCUCUGCAAUCACAGUGAAAUCAAGGGGGUUGCUGAGGACAGAUAUUGGUUCUUGGAUCAAAUAGUAAUUACACCAUGUUAAAGGUUAAUGUUUGUAUUUGCUGGUGUGAUAUGUUUACAAGGCCUACCUACGGAGUUAUGCCUGUGCACCUUAAAGGAGAUUUUUUUUUUGUCUAUUUCAGUCUGAAAAGCCAUUUUCAGAAACAUUUGUAGAAAGAGCUAGUGUCAGGUCCUUGGACUUGGCAUAAAAUUGACUCAUGCUGAUAGACAGAUCUAAUGAGUCCUAUUCGCUCCAACCAGGGGUUUGUGUAUCACUUCAUGCCAGAGGGAAUGAGGGUCAGGGACAGGUCAGCAAGGGUAACCUUAGGAAUAUCCACAUUCAUGAGCAAGAUCUGGUAGGAAGAUUGUUCAUUUAGCCUCUUCCUGGGUGUCCUUUAUUGCUAAGUUUGGACCUUAUCCACUAUGUGUGCGCAUGCAUAUACCGUCUUAGGAACACAAUGAGACUGUCCCUUGCUUACAGAACUAUUUUGCAGUCUGCUUAGCCAGAUUCGGAUAUUUCAUAUAAUGUCUUUUCAAAUAAAUAUGGUAGUUGCUGUUGAUAUCAAGAAGGGUGAGGUGCUCUAAGCCCGGGGUUCUCAAAUUUCGUUGCACCGCAACCCCUUUCUGACAAAAAUUACUACACAACCCCUGGAGGGGGGACUGAAGCCUGAGCCCACCCGAGCCUGAGCUUCACUGCCCUUGGCAGGGGGUGCAAAGCCAAAGCCUGAAGGCUUCAGCCCCAGGAAGGGGGCCUGUACCGUGAGCCCUGCUCCCCAGGGCUGAAGCCAAAGCCUGAGCCCUGCCACCAGGGCUGAAGCCCUAAGACUUGGGCCUCAGGCCUUGGCGCUGAGGCUUCGACUUCGGCUUCAGCCCCGGGUCCCAACAAGUCUGUUAGCCCUGGCGACCCCAUUAAAACAGGGUUGUGACCCACUUUGCGGUUUGAACCCUCAGUUUGAGAACCGCUGCUCUAAGCAUAUAGGUGCUCUCAGUUGAGGAUUAGUUAGUAAUUUUGACAAGGAUGGUAGUUUUAUGAAAGUUAGAUUAUGUACAUGGAUUUCUAUUUCUGCUUUGUUCAAGCUCUAGGGAAUUUAACUAUUUGGGGGAAAUAUUAAAGAACACACUGUAGCACAAACUUGUUUAAAAUUUGUUUUACCUUCAAAUUAAUUUAUUAGAUAAGUAGGCUUGGCAGAAUUUGAUUUUUUUUUUUAAUAUAUAUAAUUUUGACAUUUUAUAUUUUUAUUGAUUUUUAAAUUUUCACAGUUGUCGAAAAAUAUGGGAUGGGAGUAUCAGCUGAUAGGGCGGGUCAGACAAUAAUUAUUUAAUGACAGUGGAUGUUGAUUCAAAAAGUUAAAGCUUUAUAACUGUUAAAACACAAAUUGUCAGCAUCACAGGAAAUCUCCUAAAAUCAAACUCUAAUAAGUUCCCAUGUAGUAUUUUUUCUUACUUUGCCUAUCUGUACAUGUUCAUUAUCAUUGAUGGAAAUAUUUUCCCAUCAGUUUCUGUGUGUACAGUGAAAUUGACCUUUACUGACAUUCACCAAUAAAAAUCUAAUCCUCCCAAUCUUAUAGCUGAAUCACAUUUAAGCACUUUUUUUAAAAAAAGAUUUAACUAGUGUUAAAAUGGUAAAUGAUGUGUUAUAACUGCAUAUUGUAAACUGAAUUGUUAAAAUUGUGCAUGUUAUGUCCCCAAACCAGGAAUGCCCUUAUGUAAGUGCUCAGCUUUAAACACAUUAAUAAUAAUCCCAUUGAAAUCAAUAUGACUAUUCCUGUGUUUAUGUACUUUGCUGGAUUAAGGCCUAAAAAUGACGAAAUGAUAUACUUAUGAUACCCAUUUUUCAUACUGAAGAAUUUUGGAUUAAAACAUAAUAGAAGUGUUCUUGCUCUUUUUGCCUUCUGUAAAAAUAAAAUGAGGUGAUGUUAUGUAUAUUGUAAUUUAAUUUUAAAAAUAAAAUGUUUAAACACA